AACAAUCACAGUUCUCCAUAAGCACUUUUUUCUGAAAUGGCUUUUCAAUAUGGUGUCGUCGCGUUUCUUCCAUUUCUUCUUUCAUUCGUGUUGCUGCAUCGUCAUUUUCCCAGUUCUGUCAUAAGUGCUCAAAGUCAUAAUCUCACAAGUCGCCAGCACACUGUGAAUGAAAGCAGAAAGUUGAAUGAAAGUGAUACUCAACAAGCACAGCCUCCAUCAGAUACUCAAAAUGAGAACGUAUUACAAAAUUCCGACUCAGAAAUACAAAUGAUUCAAAGUGUUCGUCCUCCAACUUCUCUUGUAUCACCACCAACUCAAACUCAAAAGAAUGUGUCAAGUAAUUCGAAUGUCGAAGUCAAUAUAGGUAUAUUACAAACAACACAAACAUCAAUUAUUUGUACUAAAAGUUGUUGA